AAACACUGGCGUUAUUUCCUUCAGGCUCUCUGUGAUAGUUGUUGUACUGUCUCUUUAAUAAGAUACCGUAAAGGAUCAGGUUGCGCACCGGGUGGUACUGGUAUUAUUUACAACUGGAAAGAGAGAAUUUACAGAUUGCGAUGAUACCCCAGCCCAUCAUUUCUACAUUGCGCAGUGGUGUGAGUUGCUGGCGACAUCGAAGUGUUUUAGUAACGGCUUUAAGGCUCCAGGUCUUGGACUUUCGAAGCGUACGUUGUCGGUCUACCUCGGCACCUGGUACUGUCAGAUCCAUGGAGGACAUACUGACGAGGGUUGUGGUACCGUUACCUACAUACGAGACGAGAGAGAAGUCCCCGCCUCCACCUGAAUCGAACAGUUUGGAAUUUAUGCAUUUCUACAGAGGCCUUGAAAAGGAAGAGAAGUCACAAUUACUAGCAACGCUAUCACACGAUUUUGGUGUGGACCACAAAGGAGUUUCAGAGCUAGCAGGCAAGCUGCUCGACACUCAGUUAAGGGACUUGGCUACAAUAUUGCAAGUAGAGGACAGGUUACGAUACAGUCUGACUCCGCGCUAUAAACAGUUGCUUAAUCACAUAAGCAGGGUUGAGGGGGGAGUGAAGUUCCUGGUGGACCUACGUGCCGAUCUGCUUGAAAUAAUAUCAUCUAAAGGAAGUGACAGUCCUCACAUUCGGGACCUGAAUGGCACUCUGAAGAGUCUGCUGUCGGAGUGGUUCUCUGUGGGUCUGCUGCGUCUGGAGAGGAUCACCUGGCAGUCCCCCUGUGAGAUACUGCAAAAGAUCAGCCAGUACGAGGCUGUCCACCCUGUGAGGAACUGGACCGAUAUAAAACGUAGGGUGGGGCCGUACCGUCGCUGCUAUGCCUUCACUCACGCUGCCAUGCCAGGGGAACCACUGGUCGUCCUGCAUGUGGCACUCACAGAGGACAUCUCUGAUAACAUACAGAGUAUCGUGAGAGAGUUGGCUACCCUGGACCCGGAGGAGGAUGUGAACAAGGUCAAUACAGCAGUGUUCUACUCCAUCUCCUCCACCCAGGCUGGCCUGCAGGGGGUGGAGCUGGGGAACGUUCUUAUCAAGAGAGUGGUGCGGGAGCUGCAGAGUGAGUUCCCCCACAUGUCCCAGUUCUCCAGCCUGUCUCCCAUCCCAGGCUUCUCCUCCUGGUUACAGGCCCUGCUCAGCCAGCACCGGAAGGAGGGCCGCAUGGAGCUGCUAACUGAACGUGAGUGGAGGGUGGUGGCAGAUGUCACAAACACAGCCCCCGAUACCAACGCCCUGGAUGCCCUGCGUAAGCUGAUCAGCACUGGCGAGUGGACCCGCUCUGAACGCCUGGUCCACGUCCUGGAGCCUGCCCUGAUGCGCCUCUGUGCCUGGUACCUCUACGGAGAGAAGCGGCGCGGCUAUACCCUGAACCCUGUGGCCAACUUCCACCUGCAGAACGGUGCCACCAUGUGGAGGCUGAACUGGCAUGCAGACACCAGCCCCCGGGGAGUGGCCAACUCCUGUGGCAUCAUGGUGAACUACAGAUACUUCCUGCAGGAGACCCCGUCCAACAGCGCUGCCUACAUGCACAACAAAGUGAUCACAGUUACAGAGCAGGUGCUGGGCUUGGUCUCACAGUUUCAGAAGAACAGCAAACUCUGAGCUUCAUGGAUACACAUGUACACCCACACACACACACUUGGUAUCAAAGAUGUCUCUAGGUCCAGGACUGGCUGACUUUACAGCUCUGAUCUAAUGUGCCAAAACAAAACACGUUGAAAAACAUGGAGACAAUUUGUGGAAUGAUAUUCAUUUAUUUUGUUAUUUUCUAUUUGCAAUCUAGCCCAUGUAGCGCAUGGAUUUUCCUCUCCCUUCCUUCCUGUGUGUGGUGUUAUCAUCUCUGAUAGACUGUGUUUUAUGGUGUGAGAGACUGCAGCUAAUGAAGCGAGAGACAUUUACAGUGCCUUGCAAAACUAUUCAUCCCCCUUGGCAUUUUUCCUAUUUUGUUGCAUUACAACUUGUAAU